GCGGCUGGCUUCAAGAAUCCCUGGCCUUCGUAUCGGAGUGCCUCGAAAUGGAAAGUACUCAAGACGGCCAUCUUUCAUCCACCGCGCAAACCCAUUCCAAAACGCAUUCAGGAGCAUUUUCCUGUGCGGAUGCCAACUUGGCAUGAUUUCAAGGACGACAACAUCAAGGCAACGUGGUUUGGGCAUGCAAGCUUUCUUUUGGAGCUACCAGUAGAGACGCCGGCGCAAAAGCGAGGUGCGCGGAUACUGCUAGACCCGGUCUUUUCUAAAUACACGAGUCCACAAAUUGCUGCCAUGUUUGGACUUGGGCCCAAGCGAUACUCGCAAUUGCCGUGUGCUGUUGAUGAUUUGCCAGAGGUAGACAUUGUCGUGCUCUCCCACAACCACUACGACCACCUCGACAAACCUACUCUGCGACAGCUCGAACGCAAGCAUCCCAACCACAUUCAAUACCUCGUGCCACUCAACAAUAGACAGCAUCUAGAAGCCAUUGGUAUAGAGCCAGGGCGUAUACGCGAGCUAGACUGGCGCGAAAGCACACAAGUCCAUCUCCCAAUCAUUGGCGCACGCUUCUCAGCACUCUGUUGGCCAGCGCAACAUGGAUCCGCGCGAACGCCACUUGAUGCAGACAAAUCUUUAUGGGCAUCUUGGCUUGUUGAGACGCAGACGAGAGCAGCAGGACCAAAACGUAUCUUUUUCGCUGGUGAUACGGGUUAUCGCGCAACGCUUGGUGAUGGAAGAGAGGGCUUCCCCGUUUGUCCAACAUUCAAAGAACUUGGCGUCAAAUUUGAACAUGGCAUUCACCUCAGCAUUAUUCCUAUUGGCCUCUUCCUACCACGCGAAAUAUUGUCUGGUGUGCAUACUUGUCCCGAAGAUGCAGUUGAUUUGCAUCGCGAUCUGGGCAGUCUCAAGUCGCUUGGCUGUCAUUUUGGUACUUUUCGAGGGAGUUUAUCGAAGCAUUAUGAGGAUGUACUAGAACCUGCGAGGCGGCUUCGAGCGUAUGCAGCUCAAGAAGGGCUCGCUGAGGAUGCAUUUGUGACGGUAGCCAUUGGU